AUGGAUGCUGAACGCAGCAAGAAUGCCUCGCAUUCAAAAACUACGAAGGUUUCACUUACCAAAACCACACUACCUGCAAAGAGCACAUCUGCGCCCCAAAAGGAUAAGGGCGUUUCUGAAUUCACCAGGGGGUGUGGCGAUGCCGCGACGUUGCUGAGUGUCAAAUUGCACUUGAGCCCACGUAAUGGGGUGAAGAAAAGCCAUGGGGAGCGCGCAUCAGAUACCCAUCCACUGAAUGUAGCAUUCAAAAACGCCAGUAGUGAUUAUCGCAGACAUCUCUACCAGACGGCCUCUCUUAAGACCAACAACAUUCUCAAAAGUCUGCUUACCACACUUCAUGAGAGUAUUCCACAGACCGUCCUCCCAAGCGGUAGCUCCAAGAAUGCCUCUACCUCUCCACUCAAGUUCGAAGGCCAGGUCGUAAGCUUCGACCAAACUCUCGAGAUACGCAUGUUGCAUUACGAGGCGCUGAUCGCUGCGCAGACGGAAGAAGUGACCGAGUUACAAAAAGCAUGGCAGGCCGUUGUGGGCGAGAUACGGAAACUGGGCGCUGUAUAUCUUGGAGAGAAAGCAAUGCAGGAUUUGCUUUUUGCUCCUACUACCGGGCAACAGCAGGGACCGGAUGAUUCAGCAGCACCAUUACAACCCCAGUAUUCUUCCUCGCCAUCAAAAUCUACAGAUGUAGAGUCUACCCUCUUCGUGCCUGAACACGGAAUCUCCCCUCUUUCGAAGCAAAAGAAGUAUAAAUACGGCGCCAGUAACCCAACUUCGUUUCCGCAUUUCCUGUACCAGCCGUCGCAAUUCGGCUUUGAAGCCACGUUAUAUAUCCCGCACGCUGAGUUUGGAGAGGAUAUACAGGACUUGUACCAGGAGAUUGAGGAGAUGGGCGACGAGCAGGUUGAUGACUUUGUCGAGAUGGAAAAGGAGCAGCAUGCGUUUUGGAAGAAGAAGAAGAAGAAGAAGAAGAAGAAGACGGUGCAGCUUGCGAGUGCGUUGUGA